UCUGGGGUUCCGGGGCCCUCGGUACCGUUUGCCCACGAAGGGGCGUGGCCCCGGGACCCAGGCGUGGGAGCCAGAACUGUUUGCUGCUGGCAGAAGCGCUGUCUGUCGCCAAGGUCCGGGCCGGGUCGGGUCAAGUCGCCGCGGGGCGGGGCGGACAGGGCAGAGCUUUAAGAGGGCACGGCCUGGGGACGUCUGGACGACCCGCCCCAAUGGAGACCGCCAGGGACUACGCGGGAGCCCUCAUCAGGCCCCUGACAUUCAUGGGGUUGCAGACUAAGAAGGCCCUGCUGACACCCCUCAUGCAUCCAGCUCGUCCUUUUCGGGUCUCAAACCAUGACCGAAGCAGCCGGCGUGGGGUGAUGGCCAGCAGCCUCAGGGAGCUUAUCAGCAAGACUCUGGAUGUCCUGGUCAUCACAGCUGGCCUGGUCACGCUGGUGCUGGAGGAGGAUGGUACUGUGGUGGACACCGAGGAAUUCUUUCAGACCUUAAGGGACAACACACAUUUCAUGAUCUUGGAAAAGGGACAGAAAUGGACACCGGGCAGUAAGUAUGUCCCAGUCUACAAGCAACCCAAGAAAUCGGGAAUAGCCAAAGUUACCUUCGACCUAUACCGGCUGAAUCCCAAGGACUUUCUCGGCUGCCUCAACAUCAAGGCCACCAUGUAUGAGAUGUACUCAGUGUCCUAUGACAUCCGAUGCACGAGUGUAAAGGCCAUGUUAAGGAGUCUGCUGCGAUUUGCGUCCUACGCCGCCCAGGUGACAGGACAGUUCCUGGUCUACGCAGGCGCGUACAUGCUCCGAGUACUGGGCGAUACGGAAGAGCAGCGGUCUCCCAAGCCCAGCACCAAGGGCUGGUUCAUGUAGACAGGUCUCGGCUCUGGAGGCCCAGGUGCACGCCGUUCAUGUACAUUGACUACCUUUGUUUAGAGGCUGUGGGAUGCCAGGGGAAGGAAGGGGGCUUGGUGGUGCACAGUGCGGAGCUCAGGAUUCCUGCAGGAGAAAGGGACCACUGAGGGGUCCUUCAAGGGCCUUCAGACGGGACUAACAGCAGAGUGUCUGGGAGCAGCGUGCAUAUGAAGUAGACUGUUUGGAUCCUUGCCUGUUGUAAUAAAUCGAUCACAAGAGUCACUUUAA